CGACGGUAGAGUCGCGAGGCGCAUUAAGAGUCUGGGACUGGUAGUGUUUGUAAACAAAAAUGGCUUCGAAAAUGACGAAGGCUUUUAUUGCAAUUUUUGUGAUUAUCGUAGGUUUGUUGGUUCUCAACUUCAGUAUAAAUGUGGAUCUAUCAAAAGUUCUCACCCGAGCAUUGGCAACUGGUGUUAAUAAAAAUCAAAGUGGAAACCGAACCAUUGAUGGGAAUUGUGGUGAAGUAAGUCAAAUUGAAGAAUGCAAAGACUGUUUAAGACAUCAAUUAGUAAAUUAUCCAGAAUGCAAAGAGACUGGAAAAAGACAGAAAAAUAGAUGUUCUAAAUCUAAGAAAGAAUUUUAUACGAGUUGUCGAACUAACGAAGAGAAAAAAUUUUGGAUAUUCCAGAUUACCGCCUUAGUUCUGGGUCUAUUAUCAAGUUCGAUCGUUUGGUGCAGAUCCAAGCAUCUUGACGAGCACGUUCUUGGAAAAAUCAGAAAACAAAUAAGUGGCGACUCAUAACAGUCCUGGCUUUCUAGGAAUCAUUUUAUUUUAAGCGAAUCCUGUUUUGGUGAAAGUUGGACGUGGAUCAUAGAUCGAAUUCAUGUUUGCUCCACAUGCAGAAUUUCAUUAGAAAAUUUACAACUUUGAAAUUUAGAAUUAUUUUUGAAAACCCACCAGGAUUGAGAUUAUGAUUAAUAACAUCACGGUUAAUAGAACAUGAAAUUGCGUGUAUAUAUAUA